CGCUGUUUCUCCUUCACAAGGAGUCUGCAUUCCUCAUUCACUUUAACAAGUACCAAAACAUUGGGAGCUCUGUGUAGCCUGGAAAUGUUCCUGUGACCGAUGGACUACAAAGAGAAGAGAUAUUUAAUUUUUUGAGAGAUUGCUAAAAUAAGCUCUGUUACCACCUUAUUUUUAAGACUGUAAUUGUUUAAAUUUUAAAAAGUGAUUGUAAGCUCUAACUAUUAUGCUAGAUUGAGCGUUUUUUGAAGCUUAGACUCUGUGGGGAAAUUUUAAUUAGCUUUUUAAAAUUAAAAUUAACUUGGUCAAAUGAAUACAGAACUUUAACAGAUUUGACACUCUUGUGAUGGAUGUUUUACAUUAAAGGUAAAAAAGAAAAAGUAGAAAAGAAAAAGAGGGUCUUGAGCAGGGUUCAAAGGCUAGACUUUGUCCUCCCUUGUUUUUCUGGACUGAAAUGGAGGCUUUCUUUCAGGCAAUUCCCUGGUGUUUGCUCUGUGUGAUUUGGCUCUAUCUCUGUUACUGCUAAUAUGUGGCAUGGAUUUCAAGUUGUUUGGGAUCGGGUGUGCACAGACUCUGUAUUGCAAGCCCGGAUUCACAGGCAUUUUAUUGCAAAACUGGCUUGCUGCCUUCUGCUUUCUUUUCUGUGUCCUAAGUGGCUGCAUUGUUUGUUGCAGUAUAUGCAUUAGCUAUCUGCGUUCAGUUUCCUGCAGCCUGACAAAGUGGGAGGGGCUUUCUUUGAUACAUGGCUGAGUUUUCAGUGUGUGAGUUCUUGAGUGCACGUUGCAGCCAUCUUAAUUACACUUUUGUGCAACUGAGACUGUGCAGCUGUCUCAAAAUGGCUGCUAACCCAAUCUCUGUAGCUGCUUAGGCAGCAAGGAAAGAUGCCAGUGAAGAGACUUGUCACAUGCUUCAGGAUCUGAGAUUCAAGAUGGAUAGUAUAGAAGAACCUCAGAAAAAAGUCUUCAAGGCUCGAAAAACAAUGAGAGUAAGUGACCGCCAGCAGCUUGACGCUGUGUACAAAGUCAAAGAGGAGCUGCUGAAAACCGACGGGAAGCUUUUAAAUGGGAGCCAUGAAAAUGGAGAGUUGGAUCCCACUUCACCUUUGGAAAAUACAGACUAUAGUCAAGAUAGAGAAGAAGUGAAUGGUGUUGAAGGGAUUUGUUUGGAGUCUGAAGAAAGUAAACCGGAAUGGAAAGAAACACCUUGUAUCCCCAAUGCUAGUGUAAAAGUCAAGCAAGAGGAGGAUUCAGAUAGUGAAUCUUUGUCUCCUAGUGUCACUUCUGAGCUUGCUUCUAAACUAACCACUGAACCAGCUUCUAGCACCCCAGCGUCUGGUACCCCAGCUUCUGGUACCCUAGCUUCAGGUACCCCAGCGUCUGGUACCCCAGCUUCUGGUACCCUAGCUUCUAGUACCCCAGCCUCAGGUACCCCAGCCUCUGGUGAUCUGGCUCCUGGAGUACCAGCUGCUGAUGAUUCUGCCUGUGAGGAGCUCCCCUCCAGUGACCCCUCCCCCACGGCCUCCUCCUCGCGUGAUCCCAGCUGUAGUGAUCCCACCUGUAAUGACCCCACCUCUGGAGAUACUGCUUCUGAAGAGCCUGCCUCUGAUGAUUCCACCUCUGGUGAACCUGUGUCUGAAGACCCAGCUUCAGGUGCACCAGCUGUAAGUGAACCAGCUGCGGAUGAACCAGCUUUAGAUGAAGCAGCUGCAGAUGGAGCAGCUACAGAUGGAGCAGCUACAGAUGGAGCAGCUGUGGGUGCACUGGCAUCUUGUGAACUGGCCUCUGGGGAUGCAGCUGCUGAUAACUGCGCCACUUGUGAUGUUUCGCCUUCUGAUGAUCAGCCUUCUAGUGAUGAACCCUUUGGUGGUCCUGCCUGUAGCCAGCUGGCUUCUGGUGAGCUGACUGCUGAAUCAGCCACUGACACUUUUAAACCAAGUGCAGUUCCAGUUUGUGAACCAGGUCCUGACACUGACAAGACAGAGCAGAGUAGCACUAACAAUGAUGAUUGCUCAGAAAAAAAUGAAGACGGUGAAAACUUAGACCAAAUUCAAAAUAAAGCCUCAUUUGAUAAGGAGAAUAAAACUAACAGUAGUGUUGAUGAGAAGGAAGAAACUCUAGAAACACAUAGUGCAAUGAUUUGUUCUGAUCUACCUCCAGAAAAUGUGCAGCAGAUAGAGGAAGAGCCUGCUGCUGAGCCUGUUCCUGGAGAAGACGCCAUCUCCAGCAGUAUGGAAGUUGACCACAGCGACAAGGAUGAGCACGACAGUCCUACAGAGGCUGGAGAAGCUGUCGGGGAAAGUGCCACGGAAGACAGCAAGGAGGAGGCUGCCUUAGGCAGCACGGAUUCGAUGGAGACAGAUGAGAUCAUUCCUAUUUUAGAAAAACUUGCACCCACUGAAGAUGAACUCACUUGCUUUUCAAAAACUUCUCUCCUUCCGGUUGAAACAAGUCAAGAUUUGGAAGAUAAGAUGGAGGGUUCUUUUGGCUCGCCGUCGAAACAAGAAAGUAGUGAGAAUUUGCCGAAAGAAGCCUUUUUAGUCCUCUCUGAUGAAGAGGAUAUUUCAUGUGAAAAAGAUGAGCCUGAAGUUAUAUCACAGAAUAAGAUGAACUCUCCAGCAGAAAGGAGUGAGAAGGACAGCAAAGCUGAGGAAGAGGAGCCAGUGGCAGAUGAGGAGCAGCCACCCGUGAGAAAUGAGGUUUCCAGACGAAAACGGUCUAAAUCAGAGGACAUGGACAACGUGCAGUCCAAACGCCGGCGGUAUAUGGAGGAAGAGUAUGAGGCCGAGUUUCAAGUAAAAAUCACAGCUAAAGGAGACGUUAACCAGAAGCUUCAGAAGGUCAUACAAUGGUUGCUGGAAGAAAAAUUGUGUGCUUUGCAGUGUGCUGUGUUUGAUAAGACUUUGGCAGAAUUGAAAACACGAGUGGAGAAGAUAGAAUGCAACAAAAGACAUAAAGCAGUUCUUACUGAGCUACAGGCCAAGAUAGCCAGAUUAACCAAACGUUUUGGAGCAGCCAAAGAUGAUCUUAAGAAAAGACAAGAAAGCCCUCCAAACCCACCCAUAUCACCAGGAAAGCCUGCCAACGAUGUCAGUAGCAAUACCAGUGUGACCUACAGAAAUGCAGGCACCGUGCGACAGAUGCUGGAGUCCAAAAGAAAUGUUAGUGAGGGUCCACCACCAUCCUUUCAAACUCCUGUGAAUACAGUGUCUUCAGCCAGUCUUGUCACUUCUCCAGCAAUUGUCAGUAGUCAGCCUAAACUGCAGACUUCAGCAACCUCAGGUUCUCUGCCAGCACCAUCGCUUCUUCCUGCACCCAACACAGCCACAGUAGUUGCCACUACUCAGGUGCCUAGUGGAAACCCUCAGCCCACAAUCUCUCUGCAGCCCUUGCCAGUGAUUCUGCAUGUGCCCGUUGCAGUCACCUCUCAGCCUCAGCUCGUACAAAGCCAUCCAGGGACAUUGGUGACUAAUCAACCAUCUGGCAACGUGGAAUUCAUAUCUGUGCAAAGCCCACCUACAGUGAGCGGUCUUACCAAAAACCCAGUAUCCUUGCCACCCUUGCCAAACCCCACGAAACCAAACAUUCCGUCAGUGCCCAGCCCUAGUGUUCAGAGGAACUCUUCAGCCACUGCUGCACCCUUGGGAACAACACUUGCUGUACAGGCUGUUCCAACCGCACAUUCUAUUGUGCAAGCCACAAGGACUUCUCUACCCACAGUAGGCCCCUCAGGACUCUAUAGCUCAUCAAACAGUCGGGGCUCAAUACAGAUGAAAAUCCCAAUAUCCACUUUUAGCACUUCAUCUUCUGCAGAACAGAAUAGCUCUGCCACCCCAAGAACUGAAAACCAGACAAACAAAACAGUAGAGUCUUCUGUUAAUAAGAAAGCAGCAGAUAGCACGUCACAGAGUGGAAAAGCUUCUGGCAAUGAGUCAAGUGGUGUCAUUGACCUCACAAUGGAUGAUGAAGAGAGUGGAGCUACACAAGGUACUCAAGAGCCCAAAAAGCUAACUCAUCCUUCUGCGCCUACAAUGAGCACUUCUCAGCCCAUGCCUCGACCGUUGCAGCCCAUUCUACCAGCACCACCUCUUCAGCCAUCUGGGGUGCCCACAAGUGGCCCAUCUCAGGCAACUAUCCACUUACUGCCUACAGCUCCAACCACCGUGAAUGUAACACAUCGUCCAGUAACUCAGGUGACUACAAGACUCCCUGUACCAAGAGCUCCUGCAAAUCACCAAGUGGUUUAUACAACUCUCCCAGCACCACCCGCUCAGGCUCCCCUCCGAGGAACUGUGAUGCAGGCUCCUGCUGUUCGCCAGGUCAAUCCUCAAACUAGUGUUACAGUUCGAGUGCCUCAGACAACCACAUAUGUUGUAAACAACGGACUGACCCUGGGAUCAGCAGGGCCUCAGCUCACAGUGCAUCAUCGGCCACCACAAGUGCACAGUGAGCCCCCACGCCCUAUGCAUCCAGCGCCCUUACCAGAAGCCCCACAGCCACAGCGUCUGCCCCCAGAAGCUGCCAACACUUCUCUGCCUCAGAAACCACACUUGAAGUUAGCGAGAGUUCAGAGUCAGAAUGGCAUUGUUUUGUCAUGGAGUGUCCUGGAAGUGGACCGGAGCUGUGCCACUGUUGACAGCUACCAUCUCUACGCUUACCACGAGGAGCCCAGUGCCACUGUGCCCUCACAAUGGAAGAAGAUCGGGGAAGUCAAAGCCCUUCCCUUGCCAAUGGCUUGCACUCUCACUCAGUUUGUGUCUGGAAGCAAGUACUACUUCGCAGUGCGCGCCAAGGACAUCUAUGGCCGUUUUGGGCCUUUCUGUGACCCUCAGUCCACGGACGUGAUCUCUUCCUCUCAGAACAGUUAGACCUUGGAGUCUUUAGCUUCUGCUUUUGAACGUUCCACAUUUUGGGCUUGUUUUUAAAUCUUGUGCAUGAAAUUCAAUGUAAAAUCCACUUUGUGCAAGAUCUCUCAGACAGAUGAGUGUAUACACUACGUUUGUUUAUGACCAGAAGUAUAAUAAAUUCAACCCAGAAAGCAAGUCUUCCCCUGAACAAAUCGAGCUUCAGGGUUUUGAAAUGUACAUUUAUUCCUUGCUUUGGUUCUGAGGCUGGGGAAUAUGUGUGGGUGUUGGUG